AUGCUCGAAGGCUUGCUGGAGGCUUCGCGGCAGAUAUUUCCCACACAUUUCGGACGAGUGGAAGGCCACGCAUGUCUCAGAAGGAACCCCAAUGUAUUCGACAGCUUGCGGCAUGGAGUCCUCCGCAAUCGCCCAGUGCGGGUAUGCUCGACCCGUUCAAUUGCUAUCCUGUCCACUACCACCCUUGUGAUGGUAAUCUACGCUCCGCUCGGUUGGGCACCUCUUAAACUCACCAAUGAGCAAGGCUUCGAAUGGGAAUGUUACAUGACGCAAACCGCCCUCGCCGAGCCGGCCUUGUUCUAUGUUCGCCUAGUAUUUGGCGGUGGAGUCUUGGUCCAGCUGGAUACCAUUCCACUCGCAUACACAGGCUACCUCCACGCCAAGUCAGUCCGAGCCAUACAGGAGGCGCUGCAAGACCCAAAGCGGGCGACUUCGGAUGCGAACAUAAUAGCCGUUGGAAGGCUGGCAUUGUACGAACAUCUGUUCGGAGACAGGCGAGCCGCAAGAAAUAUUCAUCGGCCUGCGCAGAGGCGUAUGAUAGGUUUACGGGGUGGAAUGAAAGAUUUGACGGUUCCUGACUUCCUGCGACCGAUGAUGAGAGGGUGCGACGUGCUCAUGGCAGUCGGCAGUGAUAAUGUCCUAUUCUUGGAGGACGAUAAUGUGCCGAAUCUCUCGGUCAGAGAGACCUUUGGAGCGGCGGCGCAUUGGGCCCCACAUGAGAUGCCGGACAUUCGCAGGAAGAUCAACGUCUCGGAUUUAGUCAACGACGAGGAUGAAUGA